UCUCACGUGCCCCACAAGCAAACGAAUCGGUACCAAAUGUGCUAAGCAUAAUAAGCCAAGUAUUAUCCUCUUCUCGAAUCUGAAGGUCUAAUCUGGUUAAUUUUUCUGAAAGUUAUAUGUAUUUUGUUGCGAGAUUGUCACCCAACUUCUCUGAAUCUUUUGAUUUAGUCUCUCCAUUCUGUAAAUUGUAAAUAAGCUCCCAGUUUUCCUCGAGUUUUCAUCUGUUGUUAGUGAGUUAGGGUUCUUCAAUCUACAUGCAGUUUGUGCGGUAGAGUAAUUGGAAGUAUGGUAAAGGACACUCGAUCUAGUGUCAAAGCGAGUAAUGAGGAAAACAGCAAUCUAAAAGGGAAGCAAAAUGGUGAUAAGGUCACGACAAGAGCAGGUUCUACAACGCCUGAUACAUCUUCUUUAAGAAGAUCUGCAAGAGACACAUCAUUGAAGAAAAAGAUUGAUGCAACCCCUCCCAAAUCUAGAAAAUCUGAGCGUCUUGACAACAAACCAUCUAGCACUCCUCAAGAUAAAAAGAAACAUGGUACCCUUGAAAAUCAGAAUGAGGUUAAUUCGGUUAGAAGAUCUGAGAGGGGUAAAAAACAGUCUUUAUCUACCUCUUCAAGAUCUAUAUCUAAGAAAUCAGUUAAAAGUUCAGGCUCAACAAAUAUGAAGGGAAAAAAGGAAAAGAAAGAGAAAAGUAGUGAACAAUCGAGUCAUGGAACUAGAGAGGCUGGAAAAUCAGCAAAACAGGACAUGGUUUCCACAAAUGCCAGAAGUAAGAGAAUGGAUGCUCGUGCUUAUAGGGCAUUGUUCAGGGAAAAGCUUAAGAAGGCUAAUUCAUCUGUUGUAGUCCAUCGAGAGCGGCAAAAGAUUCCAAAAAGGAACACUCAUGGUGGUAGCCAUAGUUGCAAGGAAGACUUGAAUGAGAACAAUACGUGCAAUGAGAAGAGUGGAGAAUUGAAAAGCAAAUGUCUAAAGGAAUCCUCUACUAGAGCUUUGGAGGACUCUAAGGAGACGAUAACUAAAGAAUUGAGCAGCAAAUGUCUAGAUGAACCUUCUACUAGAGCUUUGGAGGGCCCUAAUGAGACUAAUAGUAAAAUUUCCAAGGAAGUGGUGGAAAAUGACAUUGCAUUAGAUUUCCAACUGCCAAGCCAGAAGUCCUUCAAGGAAGAAUUGCUGACUGAACUUUCAAAUGAAGAUAGCGAUAGUGUAGAUGCAGUUAACAGUGCAACUAAGAAAUUGAAAACACUAGAGAGAAACAAUUCUAUACCAGGAGAAAAGAUGGUUGAUGACCAUACUGACUCAGUUGGGGAAUGUAAAUUAAUUUCUUUGAAAAGAAAAAGAAGCAUGGAGAACCUGGACUCUAAUGCCUUGGUAAGGAAUGAAAGUGAAAAAACGUGCUCUUCACCGGCUAGAUCUGUGCAAUCAUUAUCAUCUCUAUCUGGACAAAGUGACCAAGUUGAGACUUGUGGCAACUGUUUGAAGAGACAAAGGGUUGACAAUAAUUCAUCAAAGGACUUCUGCUCUUGUGUGGAAAUUGACCAGCAGAAUGGAAAAACAUUCAUUGAAAUGGAUAGAGGGGAACCCAUGGGCAAUGUCAUCACAGAUCCUGCUGGAAAUUGUGUUUGGUGUAAGCUAGAAAAAGCAUCAUGUGACAUUGACCCAAAUGCAUGUCUCAUCUGCAAAGUUGGAGGAAAGCUCUUAUGCUGUGAAGGAAAAGAAUGCAGAAGAAGCUUCCAUCUUUCUUGUCUUGAUCCUCCCUUGGACGAUGUUCCGCUUGGAGUUUGGCAUUGUCCAAUGUGCAUUCGAAGGAAGAUCAAGUUUGGGGUCCAUGCUGUGUCGAAGGGUGUAGAGUCUGUCUGGGAUACAAGAGAAACAGAGAUAUCAAAUGCUGAUGGGUUGCAAAGGCAGAAACAAUAUUUUGUGAAAUUUAAAGAUCUUGCUCAUGCUCAUAAUUGUUGGUUACCGGAGAGUGAAUUGCCUUUGGAAGCCUCAAGCCUUAUUUCAAGAUUCAACAAAAGAAAUCAGCAUUCAAGGUGGAAGCAAGUGUGGGCUGUUCCACAGCGUUUGUUACAGAAAAGAUUGUUGUUUUCUUCUAAGCUAUGUGAGGAGCAUGAUAGGGAAGUUUCUGGGGCUGAAUUGAAUUGCCAAUAUGAGUGGCUUGUCAAAUGGCGAGGCCUUGAUUACAAAUGUGCAACAUGGGAGUUGGAAAGUGCUUCAUUUUUAAGUUCAUCUGAUGGUCAAGGUCUCAUGGAAGAUUAUGAAAGACGCUGUGAAAAGGCCAAGUUUGCUUCCCAUGUCUCAGAAAUGGAUGAGAUACUGGAGAGGAAAAGAACUACUGUGGUUAAUCUAUCACAGUUUACAGAUAGAGAUACAUGUGGCUUCAAUGAUAAUUAUGUAAAUUAUGUCACCAAGCUUUGUGAAUUUUGGCACGAGGCAAAAAAUGCUGUUGUGAUUGAUAAUCAGGAUCGCAUGGUGAAGGUUAUUGCAUUUAUUUUAACUUUGCGGCCUGAUGUCCUUCGGCCCUUUCUCAUCAUCUCAACUUCCACUGCACUUGGUUCCUGGGAUGAUCAGUUAUUGCGCUAUGCACCGUCUUUCAGUGCUGUAGUUUACAAGGGAAACAAAAAUGUACGAAAAAACAUAAGAGACCUAGAGUUUUACCAGGGAAAUCGCCCGUUGUUUCAAGCUCUUAUUUGCUCCCCAGAAGUAAUGAUGGAGGAUCUAGAUGUGUUAGACUGUAUAAACUGGGAAGUAAUAGUUGUUGAUGAGUGUCAACGCCCAACAAUUUCUUCACAUUUUGAGAAAAUGAAGUUUCUAAACGCAGAUAUGUGGCUUCUUGUUCUAGCUGAUCAGCUAAAGGAUAUCAAAGAUGAUUAUCAUAAUCUUCUCUCUCUACUUGAGGGAAAUAACCAAGUUCAAAGUGAUAAUACUUUGAAGACCAAUGAUGGUGAUAACAUCAGCAAACUGAAGGAAAGAUUAUUAUAUCAUACUGCUUAUACCUGCACCUCUAAAUUUGUUGAGUAUUGGGUUCCUGCACGUAUAUCAAAUGUGCAACUUGAGCUUUACUGUGCCACCCUACUUUCUAAUGCUGGAUUGCUUGUCUCAUCAUUCAAAAGUGAUCUGCUUGACAACAUCCAUGAAAUGCUCGUUUCAACUCGGAAGUGUUGUAAUCAUCCCUAUAUUCUGGAACCUUCAAUGGGACAUGUGAUCACCAAGGGGCAUCCAGAAGUGGAUUACUUGGAUAUUGGAAUAAAAGCAAGUGGUAAGCUACAACUUCUUGAUGCAAUGCUAAGGGAGAUGAAAAAAAAAGGCUCGAGAGUCCUAAUUCUUUUCCAGUCAAUUUGUGGAUCUGGAAGGGACACCAUUGGUGAUAUUUUAGAUGACUUUUUGCGUCAGAGGUUUGGGAUUGAUUCUUAUGAACGCAUUGAUGGGGGUCUUAUUUAUUCCAAAAAGCAAGCUGCUCUAAACAAAUUUAACAACCUAGAGAGUGGAAGAUUUUUGUUUCUGCUAGAAGUUCGAGCAUGCCUCCCAAGUAUUAAACUUUCGUCAGUUGACAGCAUUAUCAUUUAUGAUAGUGACUGGACCCCAAUGAAUGAUUUAAGAGCACUUCAGAGGAUAACACUUGAUUCUCAGUUGGAGCAGAUAAAAAUUUUCCGCUUAUAUUCAUCUUGUACUGUUGAAGAAAAGGUUCUUAUGCUGUCCUUGCAAAAUAAAACUUUGGAGGGAAAUUUACAGAACAUCAGCUGGAGUUGUGCUAAUAUGCUGCUAAUGUGGGGAGCAUCUAAUUUAUUCGCCGACUUAGAUAAGUUCCUUGACAAGGAUAAAACUGCAGAUUCCUUAUCAGAUACAGCAUUUUUGGAAGAAGUGGUAAAUGAUUUGGUUUUACUUAUUUCACAAAAUGCCAGAAGCACAGACGAAUUUGAUUCCCAUGUCAUAUUAAAAGUUCAACAGAUUGAAGGAGUCUAUUGUGCACACUCUCCAAUUCUAGGUCAGUCAAAAAUGCCAUCAACAGAAGAGCAACCUCUCAUAUUUUGGUCUAAACUGCUUGAUGGAAAGCACCCGAAAUGGAAAUAUUCUUCAGAUAGAUCUUUAAGGAACCGGAAAAGGGUUCAACAGUGUGAUGAUUCAUCAUGCAAAUCUAAAUCGGAGAUUGAGGAAUCUUUGAGGAAACGUAAAAAGGUGUCAAAUAGCAAUGUAAAAGUUGCACAAGAUGAAUACUUAACUAACAAGGAAAAAGAAGAUACUUCUGAAGCUCCAAAACAUACAUGCCAAAAUUCAACUAGUUUAGCUGCUUGUGAGGAUGAUUCAUACAUUGAGAAUCAUCUGUCCAAAUCAUCUUUGACAGCUAAUGAUAUCUCAAAAAUUCUUGACUAUAAGUCAGUUGGAUUUGAUGCAGUAAGAAAGCUGAUUGAUCUACGAAAGAGUCUCCAUCAUCUUUUGAAGCCUGAAAUAUCUCAGUUAUGCCAGAUUUUGAAAUUUCCAGAACAUGUCGAACGUGGGGUUGAAAAGUUUUUCGAGUAUAUAAUGAAUAAUCAUCACAUCAUUACGGAGCCAGCAACUACUACAUUACUACAGGCUUUUCAGCUAUCUCUGUGCUGGACGGCAGCUUCCAUGCUUGAAUACAAAAUUGACCAUAAAGAAUCAUUGGCACUUGCGAAGAAGUAUCUUAAUUUUGAUUGCCAUAGACAAGAAGUAUACUUGCUUUAUUCAAGAUUGAGAUGUCUCAAGAAAAUAUUCUUCAAACACUUGGAGUAUUACAAGGUCCCUGAAUCUUCAUUAGCUUCUGAAUCCCCGUACAAUGUAUUGUCUGACAAUGAGUUCCAGAAAGCUGUAGUAACAAGUAUUAAUAGAAUACAGAAAACUUGUCGCAAGAAAUUUGAAAAACUUAAGCAGAAGCAACAAGAAGAAAGAGAUGAAUUUGACGGAACAUGUGAUGAUGAGAAAUCACAGAUGGAGAGACAGUUUCAGAUGGAGUCAGCUGUUAUUCGUUCUUGUUUUCAUAAUAGUCUUUUAACGAGGAAUAGUAAGCUUCAGAUAUUAGAAAAUGAAUAUUUAAAACAGCUUGAAGAGUACAAAUGUCAGAUGGAGAUACGGUGUAAGAAACUUGAGGAAGAGCAUAAUGAUGAAACAAAUAAGAUGAUUGAAAUGGAGGCUCAUUGGGUUGAUACAUUGACAUCCUGGCUCCAGGUUGAAUUAUUAAGCAAACAAAUUUUAAAUAAGACUAAGCAGAGCCAGAACAGUUUGCCGGUAACUGAGAUUUUCCAUGGUCUCGGAGUUGAUGCAACUGUUUGUGAUCAUCUGCCUGAAGAGAGUAAGAGUGAUGCUCUUCAUAAUGUCUCAGGGACUGGGAAGGGAAUAUCUGAAAUUCCAAGAUCUGUUUCUUGUGAAGCUAUCAUAUGCAGUAAUGCUGUUGAAAAAUGUUCUCUUCAAACUAUAAAAAAUGGUGAGACUGCAGCUUUAGAUACCAUGGGUUCUCAAGGACCAUCUGCUACUGAGUUUGACAAUCACAACAGGAUAACUAGCUCAAAUGGCAUUGAAAGGAAUUUAACCUCUGAGGACCCUUCUUAUGUAGGAAAAGAGCCUGAGGGAGUCAUAUUGAGCAAUCUAGAUAAAGAGAUUUCUACAGAUGGGUCGAAUCAUAGAUGUUCUGUUGGUGCCGUUGACGUUGCCUCUGUACAUCUGCCAACAUCAGAGGAACAGAUCUCCCAUUCUGAUAAAGAGGCCCCUCAGAAGCUUAUUGAAGUUGUUGAUCUUAUCGAAGGUUCACAGCGAGUUCUUACAGUACCUUUGCUGCCUUUUGCAGAGGGAGGUGGCAAUGGGGCCAUCAGGAAUCCUGGGAAUGAAGAUCCAAGUGGAACAUGUAGUCUUCGCAAUUCCGAUUCAUUUGUGGAUGCUUAUACAGAUCCAGAAACAUCUCCCUGUGGGUUGAAUUUGCCAAUAAGGGAGGUUGAAAGGGUACCUGAGAGUGUUAAUUUAGUAGAUGUUAGAGAGAAUAUCUCUGCUAGUCAAUCUGCAUCUCAAGAAUUAAUUCCAACCAGUGAGAUUGAAAGAUUACGUGAGACUGUUAAUUUAGUAGAUGUUAGGGAGAACAUCUCUGCUAGUCAAUCUGCAUCUCAAGAAUUAAUUCCAAUUAAAUCAAUGGUAAGAACAUCUGAAAUAGACAUUUCAUCGGCAAUGAAUGCAAGUGCUUCAUGUGAAGCACUUGAGGUUGAUUGCAGCAACAGUGAGAAUGAUGGUGAGGAUCUUAGUGAACCAGUCAAUCCUUGUGUGAUAGAAGAUACGAUUGGUAAUGCCGACCCUGAUGUCCAUGCCCUUGAGCUGUCUGUCACUUCAUCUCCUCUAGAGCUUGCUGUUACACCUACUGCCCAAGGCAAUUGUUCUCUGCUGUUUAAUCAGGCAGCACAUGACGAAAUCAAUCAAGAGUCUUCAUCUACUGGGUUCAUGGAUGGCAUUAUACAAGCGACUGAAAUAGCUAAUACUAAUGGGGAUUCUGAAGCUCCAACUUCAUAUGUUGCUGAUCAAUAUGGUCAGGAAGAACAUGAGGAAAUGAAUCUACAAUCUCCAUGCACUGGGUCCAUAGAUGAUAUUAUGCAAGCCAAUGCAAUGGUGAAUACUAAUGGGGACACCGAAGCUCCAAUUUCAUAUGUUGCCAAUCAAUCUAUCCAGGGACCACAAACGAUAGAGCCUCAAACACCAAUGGUGCCACUAGCAACGAAUUCAUCUGUUGGUUUGUCUCAGACUGAUUUAUCUUCAGUUGGUGGAACGGAAAAUCAAAUGAAUAGGGAAAACCAUUCCUUUUAUCAGCUUGCUCAGACAACAAACCAACCAAUUGAAAUCCCUGUUCAGUCCAUUGACGAAGUCUUGUUACAACCUGUGACAUGUACUGCACCACAUUCUACUCCUAAUGUUGCCUUCAGUGAAACAAGAAUGUCCUUUCUGGACACAAGAAUCCUAUCGGCUAAUUUUGAUAUUAGUAAUGGUCUGAUGCAAACAACGCAGCCUUCAGUAUCACAAACGCCUUCUUUAUUGCACAUUGAUCCACUUGAAAAAGAAUUGGAAAAAUUGCGCAAGGAAAUAGAUAUAAACAUGGAUAUGCAUACCAAAAGGAAACUGCAUCUGAAAUCUGAAUGUGAGAAGGAAAUUGAGGAGGUUACUGCUCAAAUCCAGAAGAAGUAUGAAACUAAGCUGCAAGAGUCUGAGACUGAGUUUGAUCUUAGGAAGAAGGACCUUGAUGUGAAUUACAGUAAGGUUUUGAUGAAUAAGAUUUUGGCUGAGGCUUUCAGGUGGAAAUACAAUGAUUCUAGGACAUGUGAUUCUGGCCCCAGUCUUGCACCACUGAUGCUUCAGCCACUUCAUCUGCAAAAUUUACCAGGGCCUUCUUUGGUAGUCCGGCCAUCUUUCACUCCGGCUAUAGUCAGUUCUCAUACAUUCAAUGCACCUUCUAUUAAUUUGCAAAGGAUGGCAACUGCAGCAAAUCUGUCGACCAACUUACCUUCCUCUAGCCCAAGUACAGCUUCCACAUCGAUGCACGUUCACCAUACGUCCACCCAUUUCUCGAGCAGUCCUAUGAGGCCACCCUAUAUUGGCUCCAUCUCUUCUCCCACUGGAAACCCACAAGUCGGUAGUGUUAUUCGUGCCCCAGCUCCUCAUUUGCAACCCUUCAGACCUACACCAGCUCCCCAUUUGCAACCCUUCAGACCUACAUCAUCAAUUUCAGCAGCCAAUCCUCGUGGUAUCUCUACUCAACAUGGACCAAGCAACCCUUCUACAAUCCCUCCCUCAUUUCCUCAGCGUCCACCUCGACCAUCUGUUGCUGCACCACAUCAAUCCAUUCCAUUGAAUAGAUCUUAUCGCCCUGAUAGUUUGGAACAGUUACCUACUUUUUCUAAUACGGCCUUGUCUGCACUAGACUUGCUGAUGGACAUGAAUAAUCGUGCUGGUGUGAACUUUCCACAAAAUUUUCCUCCGCCAGCAGCAGAUGUAACCUUGACUGCACCCCAGCCUGUCCCGCCAGUUAGUACAGGGAGCACGCAGGUUAAUGCAGUCAAUACCACUGGAGAUUCAGAUGUUGUCUACUUGUCUGACGACGACUAACCAACACGACAAAAGGUACAUUUCUGACUUCCAGAGAUCCUUAUAACUUGGGGCUUGCUUACAUAACUAAGGGGCAAAAUUACGUAUCUGAAACCUUUGAAAUAUUGUAGAUAUACAUACAUGGCUCUCAACUUCAAAUGUGUAUAAUGUAAAUAUCCAUUUGCCCACGUCUACCAGUUAGGUGGUCAGGUUUUGGAUACUUAUUCGGCAGUUUAGAACAGAUAAAUUGGCUUUUUUCUUGCAUAAUUUUUUCCUCAUCUUUGAGUAGACCCCAAUGUGCAUUACAUGAGAAGGGAAGAAAAUUGACCUUGAUUCCCGAAGAUAGGAUUUCAACUGUGUUACUGAUCAGAUUGUUAAAAGUCCUUAAGCAUUUCGAUUGUAGACAGUUUAGUAGACAGGUUAACUUAAUUGACAAAUCGCUUUGAUGCUUGGCUCUGUAUUUUGAUUACUGGUCGAGUACGACAAGGUGGCUCCAAUAUGUUCCAAAAGCACUGUUGUAUUAUGAUCUCGACUCGAUACUUUUUGCAAAGUGGCUAGAAUCCAUUACU